UAAACGCGAGUUGGAAACACUACCGGUGCCCGAGCAGCGACGACGGACCCUCUCUCUCCGAUAUAUCACAUACUUAGCGCCGCGGCCGACGCGAUUCCGCGCAUACGACGACGACCAUAUAAUAUAUAUACACACGCUGUAUUUUGUACAUUAUAUCAUUAUACCUACGGCUAUAAUAUAUGAUAGUCGACGACGUGUCUUGUGCCGAAUAUAAUCGACUCGACGGAGUCUUCAACACACGCCAUACGCCGAUACAUACCGUGUUGUUACCUAUAUAAGUAUAUCGUAUAUAUAUAUAUAUAUACAUAGAAACGUACUGACCCAAGGCAAUACAUACAUAUAUAUAUAUAUAUAUAUAUACGUAUAUAUUACAUACGCCCACACACUUAUCGAACCGAUCCGCCGAAUAUUUACUAAACCGCGGAUUUUCACACAAAUGACAAGAUGAAACGCAAUUGGAUUAGAACAGAUCGAUUGUGGUGCCUAUUCUUGAUUCUUGCAGUCUCCCAGAUAACGGGAUCCAGUUCAAAGACCGCCAACCAGGUCAAAUUACCGAUACCAACCAAAGAGAGUCUACCGCAGGUGGCCGAAGCGUUAAAUGCAGCUACAUACUUGGUAGACAGCGAUGGACUGGAGAAGAACUUUGAAGGACAGCGUGAUAAUUACAAGAGAUCACCCAGGAAAUUGGGAACUGAUGAUUUGGAUAAGAACUCGGAACAACAAGAGUAUCAAGGAGUAAUGGGACGACCUGGUAUUGACUUUCCGAUAUUGCCAUCUAUACCUCAAACCGAUUUCAGCUGUAGGAAGGUGAAGAAACCUGGUUACUACGCUGAUCCUGAAACUGACUGUCAAGUGUUCCACAUUUGCGAUAAUGGAAGGAAAGUAUCAUUUUUGUGUCCAAACGGUACAGUUUUUCGUCAAUCACAUUUAAUUUGUGACUGGUGGUUCCGAGUGGAUUGUGAAAGGUCAAUCGAAUUGUACGAAGAAAGUGCAGAACAGCUUGCAAUUGACCAGCGGGUUGUUAAAGAGCGUGCUGAAACAUUGGCCAAAGCUAUGUUAAAAGUACAAACAACACCAAAAAAAAGUGAUACUGAUCGAUUCGUAACAGAACGUUCGUUUGGUCCGAGUACAACUGUUUUCAAUUCCGAAAGCCGACUACCUGACCGUGCCAGGUACUUUAGUGGCUAUUCAGGAGACGAAAAUCAAGUUCCCGCUGAAACGGCUUCAUUCGUUGGAAAACAGAUACAAAAUAAUUUCAAUAAUUACUAUCCACAGUCCAAAACACCUGUACAAAGCUGGAACCAAGGUAAUUAUCAAAUACAAUCUUCGACAACAGCACAGCCAACUUGGAAUGGUAACUACCAAAGUGGUUCUUAUCAAGCACAGCCUACAAUAACUCCACAGUCCACCUGGAAUCAAGCUGCUAAUAACAACUAUCAAGGUGGUUCUUAUCAAGCACAGUCUACAAUAACUCCACAGUCUACCUGGAAUCAGGCUGCUAACAACAACUACCAAAGUGGUUCUUAUCAAGCACAGCCUACAAUAACUCCACAGUCCACCUGGAAUCAAGCUGCUAACAACAACUAUCAAAGUGGUUCUUAUCAAGCUCAGUCUACAAUAACUCCACAACCCACCUGGAAUCAGGCUGAUAAUAACAAUUAUCAAAGUAGUUCUUAUCAAUCGCCACCUGUAACGACUGCAAAACCACCUAUCGUUCAAGGAAACAAUAACUUCCAAUCUAGUUACCAACCACAGUUCACCACAAGUGCUCAAUCAAUUCAAGUUUCUACUAGUUCACAAGUAGGUUACCAACCACAACCAACUACUGUUGUGUCUCAGACAAACUGGAACCAAAAGAACAACAAUUAUCAAACUGGAAAUUACCAAACACUGCCCACUACAGCAGCACCACAAAUAAACUGGAAUAAUCAUGGUAACAAUGGUCUUAUAACUGAUAAUCAUCAGUCUUUUACACCCUCAACAACACAAUCAAAUUGGAGCCAAAGCAGUAGUAGUAAUUAUCAAACACCAUUCACAACAGUAGCGGCUCAAACUAAUUGGAAUAAUCAAGGUUCCAAUAAUUUCCAAACUGAAAAUUAUCAAACAACACCAUCAACGACACCAACUCCAGUGAACUGGAAUAAUCACGGUUCCGAUCACCAAGGAACUGUAAAUUCUCAAAAGCAAGUGACGACUACUGUAUCACAAAUAAAUUGGAAUGGUGCUAUUAAUAAUCUUCAAUCAAAUAGUUACAAUGCACAACCAACAACAACGAUACAACCAGAUUUGAACCAAGAAUUUGACACUAUCCAGCCCAAUCUAUUCGAAUCUCAAGAACCUACUACUAUUUUCCCAGCCGAUAACGAACAAACUAUCCCAGCCAAAGAAAGUCAAGUACCCGCGGAAUCCGCUUCAUUUAUAGAUCACCAAAACUCGCCUCGUUUUAAUUUUCAACCAGAAAAUUAUUACACACAAGCUCCUCAGACAAAUGUACCACCUACUACGUAUCCGGUAACAAAUUCUUAUACAAACGAUUAUUCACCAAACGGGGCUUUCUCAUUUGUCGAGUACCAAAGAUCACCCGACACCCCUGUUGUUAGAGAUAGCUCAACUCAAUCAUCUCCAACAAUGACUACAGUAUUGGACUAUAAUUCUGUUGAUAAUUCCACAUUACCACCGUCUGGAGAAACAUUAAUACCGAAUAUGAUUAACUCAUUACAAACACUGACAGAUAAUAAUCUACUUUUUGACUUGGACGGACAAAACAAUUAUCCUUCGCAAACAAACACCGACGAUGAACUGAAUUCCAUCGCAUUGUAUUUUACUAAUGCAAAAAAUCCACAAAUGACCACUGUUGCUAGUGACUUGCAAUUUGGUCGUUUCGACCAAUCGUCUAAAACAUUCACCGAUGGGUUAAGUUCAACUGGUAUUAAUUCUGUGGAGACUACUACACAGGUUGAUAGUUUACAUAUACCUGCGGUUUUGACACAAAAUACAAAGGAGGCGUAUAAUAAGCUUUUCAGAAAUGAUACCGCUAAAGAAUCAAUGAUCUCUGCAAAGUUCGCAGAUACUAGUAAGACUGUAACAAACCCCACAAAUUCAGUGAACCUAGGAUUUGCUCAGGGAUUAAAUUUAAACCGCUCGUCGGCAGAAUUGAGAGAACUGGCUGCAGUAUUUACGCGUGCUUUAACCGCAUAUUUAGACGACCCAGAAAAUUUCCGUAAAAUACUAGCCGAGGUAAGACCGACAGAACCAUCCAGUGUCAAGACUAGUGUUACCGAAGAACAAGAAGUAUUAGAUUUUUCUGACGAUUCAAAGCGAAACAAAGGGAAACCCACAGAACCGAGUACGUCUAACCCAAAUUUAGCAGCUGAAAUAAACGGUAUGACACAAAGUAUCAAUGCAGACUUGUCCACCACUAUUCCACAAUAUACCUUAUCACCACUAAUAGAAAUCACAUCGAAGUAUACUGAAACACCAAAAGCUGGUCUACAAGAAUAUGCACCACCUGAAGAUAGCGAACAACUACAGUUGGCCGGAAGCCAUUCGUUUUAUUCAAGUAGAGAUAAUAGCAUUCCAACUGCAAAACCUUUAAAACCAGCUACUUCCACGUUAGCAUGGACAGUUUCUCCUUUAAUAGACACCGAACAGGACAUAAAAACAACUACUCUAUCGCCAGUUUACUUUACUACCACCGCAGAAGACUUAGAAACUACUGAAAUCGUACAGAGGGCAAAAGAAAUGUUCAGUCACUUGAACGCAUCCGAAGCCGGAGUAUUGAUGAAUGUUAUGAAAACUGCUCAAGUUAAUGAUACAGUCAAAAGGUUGAUUUUACUGUUGGUCAAUGACUCGAACAAAGAAAAUAGCCCAGAACAGACUAGACACAAUUUAAUCGAAGCAUUGCUGGACAAUAGGAGUACUGAACAAGCGUACGACGUAUCAUCGACUUCACCGAUACCUACUUUCUUACCGUCGUCCCCGUCUGAAAUUCCAUUCGGCCAGAGAAUACAGGAAGACGGUUCGCCGGUACAGGGCGGACAAUAUAAGAGAAAAGGAGCAAGGAGAAGAGUCGUGCACAGGAGUAGGUCGGUCCCUAUUUCCACCACUCCAAUGACCUCGAAUGCUUGGCAGGGAGCUAACGACGUGGGUCCGGGACUGAGUGAUGAUUCCGACGCCCGAGCAGUUGAACUCCUCAAGUCCCUGUACUCGAUCGCAUCCAAAUGGUCGUAGUUGGACGUUUAUCCGUCGACGGUAUUUCCAUUCUGCCUGUGUCAUAACCGUGUGCAAAUCAAAUUAUUUACCAAUUGUCUUUAUAAUUUUAAUAUAAGUAUAUUAUUAUAAUUCUCAAUCGGUUCGGGAAAAAAUAACGAUCAAAGUCGAUAAACCGUAAAUAUCGGACAAAACAAUUACAUUAUACAAUAAUUCAUACACAAAAAUGCAUCACGAUUCUAUUCCAAAAUCUGAUUAUCCUUUAUAUAUUAUGCGAAAUGCUCAAUUUAAAUCAUUGCCGACUACCUAUAAAUUAUUUAAUAAUUCAAAAAUUAAAACUAAAUUUUGACCAAAAAGUUAGUCGAAGAUAGACAAAUACUUUGAUUUCCAUCCCUGAAGAUAUUGUUUAGACAGACCAUGACCCCGAGGAGGUUGAUCGACUAUAUAUUUUUAUCAUCAUAAUUAAGUUCAAUGAUAAAAUUCUAAUAAUAUAUUUCUAAAUUUCGGUAUAAUUUUAUCCAAUAUAUAGAUAUUGCACAACCAAAAUCAGAACGCACAAUUAUUAUUAAUAUAUUAUAUCUUACCGCUCCGAUGUAAAAUAAUAUAUUUGUGUAUUUUUCAAUAUUUAACAUUUCUAAUUGACAAUAUAGUCAUCUAUCUUUCGUAACGGUCGCUGUACUUAGGUAUAAUAUCAUGUAUAUUUAGCGUUUAGAAUUAAGUUGCCAUCGCCCAGUACAGAAUAUUAUUAAUUGUAAAUGUCUCGACGAUAUACGCAUAAUGUAAAUUGACUCUAGUCCUCGGUGAAUUGGCGUAUUACUGUUUUAGGCUUUCCUAAGACUUGUAUUCGUAUUGUAUACAUAUAUGUUAUUGUAUAAUUUGCUCAUAUAUCAAAAGUAGAUUUCUGUUAAGAUUCAAUUGUAAUUUUAAUUGCCUAUUGCAUAUAAAUAUACAAUGUACGUGUAGGUGUAUGUCGUGUAUUUUUGGUAUUUAAAUUUAAAAGUUAAAAUGUAUUUCUCUAUUUAUCUUUUGCACGUUAUUUCGUUUUACAUUAAGUUUAAAUCUUAUUUUGUAUAACUACCGAUAAUUAUUAUAAGUACUUACUUCUUAUCUUCUUUCAAGUUUUAACACGAAUCGAUUGUCAACCUAUAAUUUUCACCGUCAAUUGAUGGAAUGAAUGUUAUAGAUAAUUAUUUAAAUUUAUGUGUUAAAAAAUGCUUAGAUUUUUCAUUUAUUCAUAAGCAAUAUGUGAAUGCGUGUAUACGUGUGAAAUAUACGUUACACGCAUAUUAUAAUUAACUAUUAUAGUUCGUAUGAAUUGAAUAAUGAUAAUUUUAUAAUAUUUUUAAUUUACUCACACUACGAGUCAAGUUACAUUACAUGCCAUGUAAUAAUGUUA